UUACUGUUAUCUAACAAAGUUUAUGGUGCGUUUUAUUUGUGAGGAAUAGGAAGACAACUGCUGCCACAAUUGCGCAAUGCGUGAAAACGAAAAGAAGCAGGAAACCGCCAUAUUAUCAGCUGUGCCUGUUGUUGCGUUGUAUACGUUUUAGCAUGCGACGAUCAGAAGAACAUUUUUGAGACCACAACAAGUCAGCCGCUGGCUAUUACGAUGGGAUACCGUGAAGCAAAAGUAAUAAGUUUGCGAUUCAAUCAAGAUCACGGCUGUUUUACCUGUUGCAUGGAUACUGGCCUCCGGAUAUAUAAUGCGGACCCUUUGUCAGAGAAAGCACAUUUGGAUGCCUCGCUUGUCGGAAGUGUUUCUCUUUGUGAAAUGCUGUAUCGCACAAAUUUGCUAGCAAUCGUUGGUGGUGGCCCUUGCCCGAAAUUCGCUGACAACACAGUUCUUAUUUGGGACGAUCAUUCAAAGAAAUUUGUCAUGGAAUUCACGUUCCCUUCAAUGGUGUUGGCUGUGAGGCUUCGUCGAGACAAGAUUUUUGUGGUGAGCCAGAAGCAAAUACAUGUAUUGACAUUUCUGAACAACCCUGCAAAGCAGUUCACAUGUGAUACAAGAGACAACCCAAAAGGUUUAUGUGAGGUGAGUCCACUGUCCACCUCCGAACGGCAUCUGCUCGUCUUCCCUGGUCAGCGGUGCGGUAGUGUUCAACUAGUCGAUUUAACGACGACGGAACCUGGCAGCUCGACCUCUCCGGUAACCAUUAAUGCUCAUCAGAGUGAAAUCGCAUGCAUUGCUCUCAACCAGCAAGGAACCAUGGUAGCAACUGCAUCACAAAAGGGUACUCUUAUUAGGGUGUUUGACACUCUCAAGAAAAACUUGCUCGUGGAACUGAGGCGAGGGGCCGAUCCAGCGACAUUAUACUGCAUAAACUUCAGCCACGACUCUGAAUUCUUGUGCGUCUCCAGUGACAAGGGAACCAUUCAUAUAUUUGCCUUAAAGAAUACACAGCUUAAUAGACGAUCAACGUUCUCCAAAAUGGGCUUUCUAGGCCAGUACGUUGAAUCUCAGUGGGCGCUUGCCAACUUCACGGUUGCCGCCGAAUGUGCUUGUAUUUGCGCUUUUGGGUCCAGGUCAUCCGUCUACGCCAUCUGUGUAGACGGUUCCUUCCACAAGUAUGUCUUCACCAAGGACGGAAACUGCAAUAGAGAAGCUUACGACGUCUACCUUGACGUCUGCGAAGACGACGAACUCUGAAGUGUCGUGUAGCUCUGACACUUUGUUGUGAUGAAAUUUAAUAGUAGUAGGCAAAGCACUAUUUUGUUCAAAACAAUAAUACAUCUUUUAUGUUGUUAAGCAGAUGUCAAAUUUGUUUGGGCUUCUGCAAUACACUAUGCAAGUAGGUCAGCUGUCUGUGCAGCGACCCCAUUGGUCCCUCCCCCGAAUAAGCUCAGUGUGAGGCCCCACAUGGUUUCUUCUGUGGUCACCCAGUGGAGUGCCGUGCCUAGAGGUGUACGUGGGUGCGGUUAUGUCUGGUUUGCAGAUGGAGAUAGAACAGCCUGAAAUCUACACAGAUCGAUUGCCGACAAAACCGCAAGCCUCCGCGGAGCAUGCGGAUAUCCGCAUUUUGUUCAUGAAUAAGCAUUAGUGUCUCUGCCAACGUUCCCUUGGUGUAACCACAAUUUAGAGCACUCAACGAAUUAAAAAUGGCGUGUCUCA